CUCUGGCGACUGACAAUAUUAGCAUUCCCACCUGAAUAUUUAGCAUCCAGUACUUUAGCAAGCAGCCCAGUGUCGUCCUGUCCAGCAGCCAGCAUCCAGCCAACACCAUAGCAUUCUGAAUUGUCUAAGCAAAUAUUCAGCACACAGUUUCCAGUACCCAGCAUCGCAGCACCCAUAGUUAUUGAAACGAAUAUCCAGCACCAUAAUACCCACCAACUCCACAACCAUGUCUACUGAUAUCACCUACCUCUCCAAUGGUCAACAACACACCACCACCGUCAACGGCGUUCUCUCCGCCCGUGAACUCGAGCGCAUGCAGGAGUUUUGUCAGAAUUCGCCCGGCGUCCUGGCCCAGGAGAUAGCCCGUGGGAGGCAACCAUUCAUUCGGCCGCAAAGAGUUGCGAGGGGCCGCUUCGCCAGGUUCAACACUAAUGAGGCAGCACACGCCCAUACUCAUGAGUCGCAACUGCAGCCGCAUACCGCCAGCAUUGCUCAGUAUGCGCAGACGCAGGCCGCCGCCAUGCGUCAGCUUGAUGGGACGUAUGUCGCCGCCGUGCCUCAGCAUAUGGAGACGUAUACUGCCAGUGUGUCUCAGCAUGUGGGAACGUAUGCCACUGCCAUGCCUCAGCAUACGGAAACGUACACCGCUAGCGUGCCUCGGUAUGGGGGGACACAUGCCGCCGCCAUUCCUCAGCAUACGGAGAUGUAUACCACCGGCGGGUCUCAGCAUAAGCAGGUGGAGGACGAAAAGGGCGACUCGCAGCCCCCGGAGGAAGCUCAGCACGUGCAGGACGCGUCCGCAUCGGAUCAGUCUACGAUUGCUUUUCCCAAGCCUAGUCGAAAGUACGAUAUCAGCCGCAUCGUUGACUUCAAAAGUCCUCCCCAGGAGCGGGACCAGCAUGUGCAGGGUACGCACGCAUCGUCUUCAAAUACGUAUGUUGCUCCGAGACCUAAUCAGGCGUCCGCUGUUGAGAGCGUCUCUGGGCCCUCCAAGCCUCCCAUGAGCGCCACGGGGGCUGCCGAAGACAACUCGCAGCACCUGGAGCAGGCCCAGAACACGCACAUAUCGCGUCCAUAUACGUAUAUUGCCUCCAGUCCCACUCAGGAAUCCGCUGUAGGGGCCGUCCCUGGGCCCUCUAGUCCUCUCACCAACACCGCUCCGGGACGCAAUCCGCUCGGGGCCAUUGGAGACGAACGGUCCGUAAGGCCUCGCGCGAGACUACCAGCCUGCAUUCUUGCUGACUUAGAUCUCGAACCCGCGAGGGAUCCGCAACCACUGAUAAGGUUUCCGACACCAACAUUGCCUGACUGGGUGGCAAGCAUUCCUCCGGCCCAGCCAGCGCCCGCGGGACCUCUGACGCCUGAUUUCAUAAGGGAAAUUGACGCAGAAUUGGACAAGGAUACAGCCUGGGGUCCAGAUCCGUGGAGUCCAACACCGUAGUAUCAUCGACGGGGCUGAGAUUCUUCCAAGGAGUUGUCAAUGUGCUUUCAUAGACUGGCAAUGUGUCAACAGCUCCUUCCCUAUACUAAUCCAUACCUUUGUUGUUUAGGUGGGCUUCGGUGUUUGCUAAAUUUUGAGAUUGACAUAUAGACGCCCUAGAAGAAAGUAAACCCCUCAAAGCUUCGAUGUUCACGAGCGUUACAAACACGCUUCUGUCAGGCGUUUCGAGCGCUGUGCUGGCCCCAGGAAACUAUCAGCGGCUCUCGUUUAAGUUUGCUGAGAACUCGUUUCCCCUUUGCAAUGUACUAAGUGAAUCAGGAUGUAGAAUUUGAGGGUCAAGAGAGGAAAAUUGUCUUCAAAGUAACAUCAUGUAUACUAUGAAAUGACGCACGGUCCUUGGA